AUGCUGCACAGAAUCCUGCUCUGCGUGGUGGGCUUGGUGUUCCUCCUCUCCCUCUGCAAUGCUGAACUCCUCGUCCGGAAAACCCUCACCAACACCGAGAUCCUCUCCUCGCGAGCUGUUGUGGUGAAGAUUAACAUCUUCAACACUGGCAAGACUAGCGCGUACGAUGUGGAGCUUUUCGAUCAGGAUUGGCUCAAGAACUUCGACGUCAAGGUCGGUAUUCCCACCGCCACCUGGGACAAGAUCGCCCCUGGCCAGAAUGUGUCACACUACUUCGUGGUCCAGCCUAAGGCUGGCGUUGCCAACACCGUUGUGAGGGCUCUCCCUGGCUACGUCCAGUACCGCGAGACUGCCAAGGGUCCCCUCCAGGCACGCCUCUCCAUCCCCCCCUCCCGAAUUCAAUUUCGAGAGGCCCUCGAGGGUGAGGUCCGCUCUGGCUCCCACCUCGCCCACUGGGGCAUCUUCUCAUUCCUGAGCGUUGCUUCGCUCCUCGUGCCUUUCGGCUUCUGGGGCUUCAUCCAGCUCAACUUUGAGGACGGCCUCAAGAGGAAGAAGCUCAACAAGAAGUCCAAGUAA